GGGAGGGAGUCAUAUAAGAGAGCCAGCCAUAGAGGGAGAGGUGACAGAGUAGAUCAUCCUCUUCUCCUCUCCUCCUCUCUGCCAGCCUCAUCAUGUUCAUGCCGCAGAUGUUGACUGUUUUCUCUCUGACUGUUAUCCUGCUAGCAUCUGUGGAAGGGAAGGGUGUGCAGAUGCAGAGGGACGUUCAGUGCUGCAUGUUAUACUCCCAGGGCAAGGUGCGUACCAAGGAUGUGCUGCGGUUUGAGGUGCAGACGGAGGGACCGGACUGCAGUAUACAAGCCAUCAUUCUCUACACAAAAAAGGCGGUGAAAUGCGCUGAUCCCAGAGACAGGAAGGUGAAGCGGCUGCUGAGGAAGCUGCUACAGAGGCAGAGAACCAAGGCCCACCGGACCAUGUUUUUCCUUCCUCACGACAACCUGCCCGUCAUGUCAGAGGACAAGAAGGACAACUGGGCCACCCUGAGCGUGGAGUGACCGAAACCCGAGUACAGAUGGAAACCUAUAGUCUCAAGCCAAGUAAACUCUUAGCAACUCCUAUUACAGUUGAGUUGUCUCCAGUCGUCUCGUGUGUCUCUCUACGCCAUCUCCACAUCGGGGAUCACACCAGGGCAGCAAUACACAUCUAACUGUCAAGUAGAAGCAACAUUCCUUAACAUGAAGCCAGUCCAAGCAGAGGAGUACUAACCUGUAACAAUAGUGAUUUAUUGCCGAUGACGCGUACUGUUAUUUUUCUUCCACGAAAUCAUGCUGAAGUCCGUGGAAAUGUUGCGACAGAGCAGCGGUGUUGAUGUUGUGAUACUUCCUGCUUGUGUGUUUGUUCAUGUGCCAUGACACAGCUCGGUCACUAGAUCUGGUUCACCGCAGUAGUUCUCUGUACGUGGAAACACUCUGCUCGCUUUCAAACUAGCCUGGUCUCCGUUUGGAUUUCUCACUCUUUUUCAGGGUUUGACCUUUCUGUUUGACUGUUAGCAGAAAUCAAACUGGGGCCGGCGCGUGCAUGUUGAAUUCAGUAAACUGCUCCUAUCGUCAUCCCUAUUGAUGACAUCGUAACCCAAACGCUGACACUCAACUUUUGAAACUCUUCAAUGGUUCCCUCUCUUAUUAAAGCCUCCGACUAGAUGGAAUCCUUACACUUUGUUGUCAACGCUUGUUGUCUUUUCGUGUUACGCAUCUCAUCGUAGAAUCAAAUGAGGGGGACUUAAGCAUGGCGCUCAACAAUGAAACUAUUUGCAGCUCAGAUUAAAAUCUAAUGUGAAUUGUGUCAACAGAAUACACAAGUCAGAAGGAAGGGAAGGAAUAAAAUGUGAUCCUGCUGGAGUCUGUCACAUCAAAGCCAUCGCUCCUUAAAUGAGAAGACUCGGUUAUCCUUGGAUUUGACCUUUGACUCUGUUCUGUAUUUAACCUCAACCCUUCCUUUAAAAGCAAAAAAAACAAGAAACAUUGAACAUCCUGUAUUUCACUAAAUGAAGAGUCUUAAGAUAAAGAGUCGUCCAGUCAAUAAUUCUUAUAAUAAUGUGCCAUUCUGCGUUUUUGAACUUGCAUAAAUGGAAAAAAAAACUUUCAUCGGUGAUAUUUCUGCUCCCUUCCAACUCACAUCAGCACAAGUUUCCAUAAAAAUAUACAAAAUGUCAUGACUAACUCUUUGACGUAAAUGACAAAUUCAGAUAAUUAUGUAGAAGCGUCUCAUGAAGCAUCGGAGGAACAAGCUAGCAACGAAUCCAACAGUGUUUCGGCCUUUGGUGGAUGGUUCAGACAAGUGAGACUUGAAGAGGUUUUUAAGUCGUGAAGGCACUUGUCAUCCGUCUUUUGUGAUACAGCUCGAGCUGUUGGAGAAUAGAAAAGAAACCCUUUCUUGUUCAGUUUUGUCUUUUCCACGGUUCGUCUCUUAACUAUGCCAAAGUACCCAUGAUCCCACUCACCACACGACGAGGCUGUCAAAACUGAGAGGGCUGUAUUGUGUGGGAAUCACGCAAGCAUUGUAGAAGACUGCACUGUACGAUCAGACACACCAUGUCAAGUCACUAUUUUGUAAUUAAAUCUCCAA